ACCCGCAGCGCCGUUCCCCUCCGGCUUGCGGUCCUGGGAUAAUGGCGGCCGCCACCUUUCCUCAGUUCCUGCGCUUGCAGCGGCUGGCCAAGAUCCUGCGCGCCUUCCCCACCGCCGGAAGCUCGGCUGCUUAUACUGCGGUACCGCGCGCGCGUACAACCGAGAGAGCACCCAGGGGUGACAGGCAAACGAGAAGAAAGGCCCUGCCUCCCAGGACGGAGAAGAUGGCAGUUGACCAGGACUGGCCUAGUGUUUACCCCGUGGCAGCGCCAUUCAAACCCUCUGUGGUGCCUCUUCCUAUUCGAAUGGGUUAUCCAGUAAAAAAAGGUGUGCCACUGGCAAAGGAGGGAAAUCUAGAACUCUUGAAGAUCCCCAACUUCCUUCAUUUGACUCCUGUAGCAAUCAAGAAGCACUGUGAUGCUCUUAAAGAUUUCUGCACUGAGUGGCCAGCUGCACUAGAUAGUGAUGAGAAAUGUGAGAAGCAUUUUCCCAUUGAGAUUGACACAGUUGAUUAUGUGUCCUCAGGACCAUCCAUCCGGAACCCCAAAGCCAGAGUGGUAACAUUAAGGGUGAAACUUUCCAGUUUGAAUAUAGAUGAUCACGCAAAGAAGAAACUUAUUAAACUUGUAGGAAACCGAUAUUGCAAGACCACAGAUAUACUUACUAUCAAAACAGAUAGGUGCCCUUUAAAGAGACAGAAUUAUGAUUAUGCAAUGUACCUGCUAACAGUUUUAUACCAUGAGUCUUGGAAAACUGAGGAAUGGGAAAAAAGUAAGACAGAAGCAGACAUAGAUGAGUAUGUAUGGAAUAAUAGCUCCUCGGAAAAAAAUGUCCUAGAGACACUGCGGCAAAUUAGAGCUGCAGAGAAAGAUGGGGAAGCAACAAGGGAAGAGCUGCUUGGCGCCAAGGAAGUCAAAGAGUACCAGAAGUGUGUUGUGAGCCUGAAGAAUGACGGGGAGAAUGAGGCCACCCUCUCCCAGUACAAAGAAUCAGUGAAGAAACUAUUAAAUUUGACAUGAAGAAUGAAGCAGAAAAUAGACAUUGAUUUAUAAAUUUUAGGACCCAGGUAAUCAGUAUCUAAUGAAAAGAUUUAAAAAUCACAAUUUUUUGUCAGCACUGAAGUUAAUCCCACCCAGCCAGGUGCUGGUGCUCACACACAAUCCUGCCUAUUCAGGAGGCUGAGAUCUAAAAGAAAAAAUCCAUUAGAAUCUUCAUUUCUAAUUAGCAAAAGUCAGAAGUGGUGCUG